AUCUGAGCCCGUGGAGGUGCCUGACUGGGCUCUCAAAAGCACAGGGUGUACCAUCAACCUGCAGAGAUCAUCCAGCACCUCUGCAUGUCUCAGGAGGGUGUUUUGGUCCCUGUUUAGACAACCCUUUGAGGAUACCUUUGUGCAGCCUGAUGCUUCCCCAGGGUACUGCUGGAAAAUGCAACAGUCUCAGAGCGAAGUGCUAAUCCGACUGCCCACAGAAGUACAACCAACGGCCAUCACCUUACAGUACUGCUCAAAGACAGCCACUCCACUGGUGACUGUCAGUAGUGCACCCAAGGAUUUCACUGUCUCUGGACUGGAUGAGGAAGGCCAGGGCGAAACUCUGCUGGGGUCUUUCCUCUACAGCGUGCAGAAAGAGCCAACUCAGACCUUCCCUCUGCAGGUACAGUGGGUACGCGUGGGCAGGAGGCCAGGGCAGAAGCACCAGUUUGCUAGCAAAUCGCUUGCACGGGGAGAGUGGACAGUCCCUGGCAGGACAGGGGCCUGA